UCCAUCAUAAGAGGAAGUAUAACAGUACAACAGAUGCUCAUGUAUAAUUGUGCGCGAGCCAGAUCAAAUUAGAAUCAAAUGUUCGAAAGAGACGACGCAAAGAUGAAGGCACACACCGUAGAUGAUCGCGACACGGAGGACGCCAGAUACGUAAGUAGGUAUAUAUCGAACAGGGACCCAUUCCCACAGACCACAAAUGGACGUUCAUAUUAAUACUCGUCGUCGUCAUUAAUGGUAAAAGGUGCGAGGUAAGUACCUAGCGCUGCCCAUGAUACCCCACCUAUACAUAUUACCUAGGCAUUUGUAGUAUAUUACAUCAUAUCUUCACUCUUAGCCUCCAGCCGUGUGUUCAAUCUUUUUUGGUUUGGUGAUAUUUUCAUUCUAUAUUCUUUUCUCUUCCUUUUUGGUUUCAUAUAGAGUGUGUAUACAGAUAUCCAUAAUGGCCCAGCCUACGACUCAGAAGCAGUGGACAGUGACCGGGGCCGGGAAGGGCCUCGAUACCUUGCAGUUUGGUGACGCCGAGGUGCCCACGGUGGGCGACAACGACGUCCUCGUCAAGCUCCACGCCGCCUCGCUCAACUACCGCGACCUGAUCAUCCCGAGGGGGCAAUAUCCCUUCCCGACAAAGUUUCCCGUAGUACCGGCGUCCGACGGCGCGGGAGAGGUCGUAGAGGUAGGGUCAAAGGUUAGCCUAUGGAAAAAGGGUGACAGGGUCGUCACGCUCUUUAACCAGGGCCACCAGUAUGGAAAUGUGACAAUAGCGGCAUCGAGCACAGGCGUCGGCGGUGUUGUGGACGGAACACUGCGCCAAUACGCCUCGUUCAACGAGACGGGACUUGUGCGCGCUCCGAAGAAUCUGAGCUAUGCCGAGGCCGCCACACUUACCUGUGCCGGUCUGACGAGUUGGAACGCGCUCUACGGCCUCAAGGCCAUUAAGGCUGGUGAGACUGUUCUCGUCCAAGGGACAGGCGGUGUCAGUCUCUUUGCUCUUCAGUUCGCCAAAGCCGCCGGCGCAAAGGUCAUUGCGACAACGUCGUCAAAGGAGAAAGAGGACAUCGUAAAGAAGCUCGGCGCAGACCACGUGCUGAACUACAACGAGGACAAGAACUGGGGCUCGACAGCGCGGAAGCUGACAAAUGGCGUCGGCGUCGACCUAGUGAUCGAGGUAGGCGGCGCAGGGACGAUGGCGCAGAGCCUCGCGGCCAUCAAAUACGAAGGCACGAUCGCCAUCAUCGGUUUCUUGGGCGGCGCCAAGGUCGAGAACUCGCUCCUCGAGUGUCUGACGCACCUCUGCACCGCGCGCGGCGUCUACGUCGGCUCCCGCCAGCAAAUGGAAGACAUGGUGGCUGCUAUCGAAGCCAACGACAUCCACCCCUAUGUCGACUCCAAGGCCUUCUCGCUCGAGCAGGCGAAGGAGGCGUACGAGUACCAGUGGGCUAAGGGGCACGUCGGGAAGAUCUCGAUUAAGAUUACGUAAGCGGGACGGAUAUUUCCUAGGCAUUUCAAUUAUACGAUAUCUACCUAGUAUAGAUGGAACAGGCAACGAAUUCUUGUCUUCAUAGAAGCGCCAUGAGUUUCUCUUCUUGUGUCCCUAUCACUCCUUAUCAUUAUCAUCGUAGUAUGUUCAGCCUAGACUUGGACUGGCUGACUGCUUCAUAUGUCUAGACAUGAACCGAGCCAAUCUAGCUCGGUAGAUAGACGUCCCCGAUCACAC